CCCCCACGCCCCGGUGCCCCCCCCCCCCCCAUAGGCGGGUGGCCAUGUCGGGGGACUACGAGGAGGACGUGUGCCGCAGCGCCCUGCGCCUGGUGCAGGAGCUCUGCUUCGCCCCCCGUGCCCGCGCCCAGCACCAGCAGUGCCUGGAGUUCACCGACCUCCUGCGGCACCGCGGGCACCCCCGGCCCGCCGACGCUGACAUCUCGGUGAGCCUGCUGUCGGUGAUCGUCACCUUCUGCGGCAUCGUGCUGCUGGGCGUCUCGCUCUUCGUCUCCUGGAAGCUCUGCUGGGUGCCCUGGCGCGACAAGGGGGGCGCGGGGGCCACCCCCCGCAAGGAACCCCCCCACCCCGCGCCCUUCGGGGAACCCGAGCGGGGGGAAGCGGGGGCCGAAGCCCCCGAGCGCUCCUACCUGGACAUGGGGUCGUGCCCCGAGGCCGCCCUGAAGCUGAGCCAGACGUCGCCCGAGCUGCCCCUGGAGCGCGAAGGGGCCGGGGGGGCCCUGCCCAGCGCCACCUCCCAGCAGCAAGUGGCGGCGUUGGGACACGGGGGCAG